UUGGGUGGGUGGAAUGCGAGCUGUACUAAAGCCUCUGAUUCAAGAACAACGAUUGGAACUCUUCGCCAAGGCCCUUUCUUUUACGAAGCUUGCCCCGUUGUGGCUCGGUAUCACGCUUUGUGGUCAGACUGUAACUCUCAAUCGCUUUUCUCAGUCGCUCGAUGAUCUCUACUGGAAGCCGUGGCCAAACGCAGACAUGGGUAGAUGGACCAGCACGGCGCAGUCUUUCCUAGAUUUAAGAGCCAACGAUCCCUAUGUGAAGAACGGCAUGGUAUCCCGGGCCGAUGUGUGGCGACUUCGAUUCGACUGCGACCAAGAAUACGCAGAUGACGAUGACGAUUACUCACUGCCACCUCCAAACGGUUGGCAACCUUUCGGCAACAUGAGGGUUGAAGAUGUCGACUUACAGCUGAGAGGACACCUCAACUGCUCCCAUCGAUGGAAAUUGAGCAAUUGGUCCUGGUCUCAUGGCAUUUCUUUAUCCCACUUCUUCAAGGAAGAUCAAAUCCCUCAACCUUCAGUGUCAGAGCCAGCCAUCUUUGAGCAGGCGCAUUUCGCUGAUAAUGACGCGGCUAUUCAGACCAAUGUUUCAAAGCAAGCUACGGAAGAAAUGUUUCGCUGGUGUCGUAACCAGGUGGAAGAGGGCUUCAGUUGCUUUGUUGCUCCAGGCAACUCAGGACUGACCACAGUAGGCGAUGAAAGCCCGCGGCGACCCACACUGACGAGAGAUAAAGUAACUUCUUGGGCGGAGAAUGUACCAGUGGACUGUGAAAACGCAAGUACUGCCAGUGUAUCUACUGACGGGUCGUCCUUUAUCUACUAAGCAAGGAGCCCGCCCUGUAGUCUGAGUGCGUUAAUGAAAGGCAAGGAAUUUGGGAACAGCUCA